GAUGUAGCUGCCUCCGCACAGCUCAUAUACUCCCAUCUCUCCAGGUGGUUUAGCCUGUAGCUCAUUGCAGAUUAUGUUGUUCUACUUUUUCUUCCGAGUGGUUAGUGCCACAACCGCCUUUCUCUAUCCCGGGUAUGCAUCGUACAAGGUGCUCUCCCAGCGGCCUGCCGCAGAGGAAGAACUGGAACGAUGGCUGAUGUACUGGAGUGUCCUCGGCUGCAUCGUCGCGGUAGAGUACGUCGCCGAGUGGCUCGUCUCCUGGCUCCCCUUCUACUACACCAUCAAGACCAUCUUCCUGCUCUACCUCGCCCUCCCGCAGACGCACGGCGCGACGUACCUCUACCGCGCGCACCUCCGCCCGUUCUUCGCCGCGCACGAGCGCGAGAUCGACUCCGCGCUCGCCCAGCUCAAGACGUACAUCUACGCGUCCCUCCAGCGCAUCCUCCGCGCCGCCUGGGAGCACGUCUCCGGCACGCUCCGCCAGAUGAACAUCCCCGUCGCAGGCCCCGGCUCCGCCUCCAGCUCGGACGCGAAUGCGCAGGCGGGCGCAGCACCGCUACCUUCCCUCGGAGACCCCGUUUCGGGCCCCGCGCAGCUCGCCUCGGGCCUCUGGAGCACGUAUGGCCCGAGUGUCCUCGCGUCGGGCGCAGCGCUCCUCCGCCAGGCGCAGGCGUCCGCCGCGCAGGCUGCCAACGCCAACGCGGGGCACGCGCGGCGAGACGAGCUCGCGUCCGAGGCGCAGGCUCCGCCGUACGACCUCUCGGAGCCGGGCGCGCCGGUGCCCGAGGCGAACAACCCCUCGCGGUCGUCGUCGUCGGGCUCGCUCCGCCAGCGGACGGACAACGGGCGCUCGACCUUUGAGGAGGUCGAGGUGCCGAGUGACAUGGAAGGCGAAGGCGAGGGCGAGGGACGCCCUGCGCCUCAGCAGAGGCGGACGAGCUGGUUCGGGUGGGGCUCGUCGGGCGGGUAUGAGCGGGUAAAGAGCGAGUAAGGUG